AUGACCAGUCUCAACAUCUCCCUUCCCUCUUUCCAGCUCCUCGAGCCCGUCCACCACCUCAUCCUCGACCACCUCUCCGUCCUCGCGCCAGUCACCACUCUACGGCUCUCCAGGUACCACCAUCGACGCCUCCUGCCUCAAAUCUAUGCUUAUAUCAGCAUGCACGAAUCCUCAUGUUGUUUUUGGGAGGAUCUGUUGCUACGCCAUAGCUCCAGGGACGACAGUAACACCCAUCAUUCCGCGCUCGACGCCUUACGAACGUACACCAAAACAAUCAGCCUCCUUGACGCCAGAUCCAUCCUCUGUCUUUCUGCGCUGAUAGAACACCCCUCUUUCGACAACAUCCAAUCUAUCCAAAUAUAUCCACAUUCGUUCGAAGCCGGUAUUACCCUGUACCGUCUGGGCAAGCUGAUAGAGUCGGCGCCCAUACGAGAGGUUAUAGCAACCUUUACUCCCGACUACGUUCAAAAGGGAUCGCCAGGCUUGCUAGGUGGUGCGGGCUUGUUCCGACCUUUUGGACCCAUUCCGAUAGAUAGCGUGACCUUCCAGCUGCUUGUCUCGCCUCUGACCAAUGCAGACUGGCGACUACGACCGCUUGAGAAGGCACUCUACUUUUUCAAAUGUUGGGAAGUCGAGUUCGAGAUCCGCGUCGUCGUAGAUCUUGGCUGCUUGUCCCAAGGUCUCCCGGAGGAUACCGCGCUGUGGAUCGCUGGGGACCUGGCGGUAGUCGUGCGCAACGCCCGUGUCCAAUCACAGAGAUUCGCUCCUCUGAAAUUUCUGCUCAAGUACGAGGGCGAUGAGGCACUGGUGGAGGCGAUUCGAGGACAUGCCGAAAAUCGACUGAAAGAUAUCGGUGCCAACGGCAUAAACAACCAGAAUUCGAGCCUCUCUUUCGAGACAGAGGAAUACUGGCGAGAGUUUGUAGAGCUGCGAAAGCUCAAGGCUCAUGAGGCCAAAGAGCUGCUCUUUAAGUACUGCUGUGAGUAUCUCCAAUGCUCUAUCGUGCUUGUAGUAUAUCAGUUGUUUUUGUAUCCAUACUCCCUCCCUACGACGCGUUCUCAUCAGUCUCCUGAUCCUCUUCCCACAUCUCUGUACACGACGCCGAUACAACAUCUGUCGAGCAACGAACCUCAUGUCAAAGUGGCGAUGGUGAAAAAGAGCGAGUGCCCGAGGGUAGCGGUGGAAUACCGACGAUGGAGACUGUACGAGUACAUAUCGUUGCCUCAUUACUUUCAUCGUCGCCACCCUUCCACCCUUUCUUUCCUUGCUCGACCCCCCUUUCUUGCCUCGCUCUCCUAUCGCCGUCGCUCAUCUCUAUUGCCGCUUCACCAUUCGACGCACCGGAGGCAUGUUAUGUGA